AUGGCCUACGUCGCCCUCUCGCGCGCCCUCUACGACUACACGGCCACCGCCGACGACGAGCUCUCGUUCGCCGAGGAUGCGCUCCUCUACGUGCUCGACGCCUCGGACCCCGAGUGGCACAAGGCCAAGCUGAAGCCGCCGCCCGGCGCCGACGCCCACGACGACGCAGACGCAGCGCGCAUCGGCCUCGUGCCCGCCAACUACCUCGAGCCCGCCGAGCCGCGCCGCCAGAGCCGCGCGCUGUAUGACUACGCCGCGCAGACCGACGAGGAGCUCGACCUUGCCGAGGAUGCGCUGCUCAACGUCUUCGACGACGACGACGACGACUGGCUGCUCGUCAGCUACGCCGACGGCUCGCACGAGGCGCGCCUCGGCUUCGUGCCGAAGAAUUACGUCGACGAGGUCGCUGCCGUGGAUGGCGAGACAGGGCUUGGCGCAGAAGUGGCCGAGGAUGCGCCCGAGCCCGACAAUGAGGCGCCGCUCUCGCCGCCGCCGGCGCCCAUGUCGCCGCCCGCGCCGCUCUCGCCCGCGCCGCCGCGUGCUGCGCCCGGCGCCAUCACGGCCUUCGCGCCGGCGCAGGCAGGCGACAAGGCAGACGAAAUCAAGAUGUGGGGCGUCUCGGCUCUCGAUGGCAAGAAGAAGAAGCGCAAGGGCACGCUGGGCGUCGGCAACGGCUCGCUCUUCUUUGCCUCCGAGUCGGACAAGCAGCCAGUGCAGAAGAUCAGCGUGCUGCACAUCGUCGCGACGGCGGUGGAGAGCAAGGGCAAGCAGGUCAAUCUCGAGCUCGACGCCGCGGCCGGCCUCGAGGAUAACGCGCUGCGCUUCGUCAUGAGCAGCAAGUCGGAGGGCGAGGCUGUGGUCAGCAAGAUCGAGGAGAGCAAGGCGAUUGCGGAAGAGAACGGCGUGGUCAAGCCGCCGCCGGCUACGCGGAGCAUGCCGCCGCCGCUCGCAGGCGCUGCGUCACGCACGUCUUCCUCCGUCGCUGCUGCGCCAGUGCUGCCGCCGCCUGCGCGCGCGGGAGGCGCAACGCUGCCGCCGCCGCAGCGCAAGACGGAGGCUCCCGCUGCUGCAGCCAGCAACGGCCACGCGCAGGGCGAGCCGGCGAUGGCGCUGUACGACUUUGAGGCGCAGGGCGACGACGAGAUCAGUGUGGCAGAGAACGAGCCGCUGACGCUCGUCGAGCGCGAGAAUGAGGACUGGUGGAAGGUGCGCAACGCGCGCGGCGAAGAGGGCGUCGUGCCUGCCAGCUACGUCGAGGUCACCGACGGCGCCGGCGCCGCCGCCGCCGCCGAUGAUGACGACGAUGAUGCAGCUGCGGCUGCUGCUGCUGAAGAGGAGGAGCGCAGAGAGCAGCAGGAGGCAAUGGAGGCCACGCGGCGGACAAAGGAGGCGGCUGCCAGACGCGCGCGCGAGGCCGAGGAUCGCCGGCGCGAGGCGCUCAAGGCACAACCUGCCCCUGCGCCGCCAAGGGCCGCUGCGCCUGCCGCUCCUACUGCCUCUGUGCGCGACGUGCCCAUCCCAGCAGGGCGCUCGGUGCCUGAGCGUCCCAAGGACGCCGGCGGCAAGAGCCGGCCAAACCCUGCGCGCACGCGCGUGUGGCACGACCGCUCGGCGCAGUUCCGCGUCGAGGCCGAGUUCCUCGGCUUCAACCAGGGCAAGAUCCGCCUGCACAAGCUCAACGGCGUCGUGAUUGAGGUGGCUGUGGAGAAGAUGAGCAACGCCGACAUUCAGUACCUCGAGGACGUCACUGGCAAGCGUCUGGCGCCCAGCAGCAUCGGGCGCGGCGAGGCGCGUGGCGAGCAGCGCCGCAGCUCGGCCGCCGCCUCCUCUGCCGACCCGCGCCGCGCCGAGCGCGAGCGCGAGAAGCGCAAGGAGGCCGAGCGCGAGGCCCGCCGCCGGCAGGAGAGUGCGCGCGGGCCGAAGCGCAACGUCGACUGGUUCGAGUUCUUCCUCGCCGCCGGCGUCGACGUCGACGACUGCACGCGCUACGCGGCCGCCUUUGAGCGAGACAAGAUCGACGAGGCCAUCCUGCCCGACAUGGAGCCGGGCACGCUGCGCAGCAUCGGCCUGCGCGAGGGCGACAUCAUCCGCGUGGACAAGUUCAUCAAGCGCAAGUACGCCAAGAGCAGUGGAGGCGGCGGCGGCGGCGGUGGCGGAGGUGGCGGCAGCAGUGCACGCGGCGAGAGCGACAUUGCAGCGCAGCUCAAGGCCGACGAAGAGAUGGCGCGCAAGCUGCAGGAGCAGGAGCAGAGUGCGCGCCGCAAUGGCGCGUCGACGAGCCCGGCGCCGAAUCUCUUCUCUGGCCCUGAUGGCAGUCUGCGCAACAACACGCGGCGCGGCCGGCCGACGCCCAAGUCCUCGACGACGGGCGUCGACGCAGCCGGCAUUGCCGCUGCCGCCGAGGACCUGGCGCGCACUGCCAGCCCAGUGACGCGCUCGAGCACAUCGAGCCCGACCGUUAUUGCCUCGGCUGGCGCGUCACGCAAGACAGCGCCGCCUGCAACGGGCAGCGGCGGCUUCGACGACGAUGCGUGGACGCCGCGGCCGUCGAGCACGAAGCCCAGCACGCCCGUGCCCGCAGCCAGUCGCACGCCGGCAGCACCUACCCCGCCGCCUGCGCCGACGCCGCCGCCGCCCGCGCCUGCGCCAGUCGUCGAGCCGCCGAAGCCGGCCGCCGACCCGAACUCUGCGCUGUUCGACAAGCUGGCCGCCAUGCGGCCGCCGUCCAGCGGCGUCUCGCCACGACCAGGCGCGAGCCCACUCGGCGGCGGCUCGUUUGGCUCGAACGGCCCUCGCGGGCCAGUCGCGCCGGUGCCGGGCAACCAGGGCUUGCUCGCGCCGCUCAUCUCGACGCAGGGCACUGGGCACUUCGUGCCGACGAGCGGUGGGCUGCAGGCGCAGCAGACGGGCUGGAUGCAGAACCAGCAGACUGGCUUUGGCGGCUACCAGCAGCAGCAGCCGCAGAUGACGGGCUUCCAGCCGCAAAUGACUGGCUUCCAGCAGCAGCAGCAGCAGCCGCAGAUGACGGGCUUUGGCGGCGGCAGUGGCUUCAACGGCAUGGGCGGCAUGCAGCCGCAGCAGACGGGCUACAACCCCAACUAUGGCAUCUCAAACGUGUCGGGCUUCGGCGGCGGCAUGCUCGCGCCGCAGUUCACCGCCAUGCCGCAGCAACAGCAGCAACAGCAGCAGCAGCUGCAGCCGCAGGCCACGGGCAUCCAGAUGCCGAUGCAGACCGGGCCCGGCGACAAGCUCGGCGCGGCGUCGAUCUUCGGACAAAUGCGGCAAGGACAGCUACACGUCGACCCGGCAAAUGCACCUCAGGCUCCCCAGCGCUACGACGCACUGCGGCCGCAGCCGACUGGCUUUGCACCCGGCGGCGUCAUGGGCUCGAGCUUCCAGAACGGCUUUGGCCAGCAGCAGCAGGGCUACGGCGGCUACGGCCAGCAGGUGAGAGCGCCCAGAACCCGUCUCGCUGCCGUCUGUCGCUGA